UUGAGUCACACGAUGCCACCCUCACCUUACAUUUUCUCUCUCUUUUUGUAUCUUUCUCUCUCUAUAUCUAUACAUUUACAUGUUUACAAACUUUAUAUAUGCGUAUAUAUAACUCUAUAUACACAGAUAUAUAUUUCUUCUACUCUUCCUCCUGCACCACAACGCUGUCUCGGCGCAUAUUAGCAAACACUUCAAAAUCGAAAGAAAAAAAAAAUCAACAAUCAGUACCUUGAAUUUGUUACUCUGUAUGUAGCUUAGCACCAUGAGCAGCGACGAGAAGAUGAAGAUGAUGAACAAUCGCAGCCGUCCGAUCACCGGCCUAUUCGGUUCCCUCUACACCGCGCAACAUGCGAUCCUCACUACUUUCUCUCUCUACCUCCUCCUCUCCACUGCAAUUCCAUCCGUCGGAGCUCAGCCGACGGGAACCGACACACAGUACCCGUACACGAAGUUCAGCCCGUCCAUGGCGAUCAUCAUCGUCGUCCUCAUCGCUGCGCUCUUCAUCAUGGCCUUCUUCUCCAUCUACAUCCGCAACUGCUCCAACGGCGGAGAGAGCGUCGGCGUGCUCGCCGGCAUCAGCGCCUCCAUGCGCGGCCGACGCGGCGCCGCAGCUGCGCGCGGCCUCGACCCGGAGGUGAUCGAGACCUUCCCGACCUUCGCCUACUCCGUCGUCAAGGGGCUCAAGAUCGGGAAAGGAGCUCUCGAGUGCGCAGUGUGCCUCAACGAGUUCGAAGACGACGAAACGCUGCGUUUGAUCCCCAAAUGCGAUCACGUGUUCCACCCCGAGUGCAUCGACGAGUGGCUCGUCUCUCACGUGACCUGCCCCGUCUGCCGAACCAACCUCGUCCCGCAACCCGGCGAGUCUCCGCGAGUUCCAAACCUAGAAGCUGCUGAGCCAAGUCAUAUAGCACUAGACGUUGAGAACACGCAAAACGGCGACGUGUCUUUACCGGUAAUCGACGAUCAUGAUGUGAAUGUUCCACAGCCUCAGGUGGUGGAUCGGAAUAAGAGUGUGAAUCAGAACCGUCCGCCGAGAUCGAGAUCUGUACGGGCGAGAUUGUUCGGGAAGUUCCCGAGGUCGCAUUCGACCGGGCAUUCACUGGUCCAACCGGGGGAGAACACGGACCGGUUCACUCUGAGGUUGCCGGAGGAUGUGAGGAAGCAGGUGAUGAACCGGGCGUUGAACCGGACCAAGAGCUGUGUGGACCGUUCGGUGCUGCUGCCGAGAGAAGGGAGUUCGAGGAGAGGUUACCGAACCGGUGGUGAGGGGAGUAGUAGGGGGAGACGCUACAGGCGUCUCGAGAGUUUGGACCGGGCGGCAAAGUCGGACCGGUGGGUUUUCUCUAUUGCACCGCCGUUUUUAUCAAGGGAAUCGUCGUUUAGGUCGCCUAAAGUGGUGGCGGCUGACGGCGAGGGGACGUCGGUGUCGACCGUUAAGACGGCGUCUAAUGGUCUGGACCGGAAGAAUGGCGAUGCUGACUCGGCUCGGCCACCGGUUUAAUGGUCAAAUUUUGUUUGCCACGUUUUUGCUAUUGUAUUAUUUAUAUAAAAAGAGUAAGGGUCAUUCAGGCCUAGGUCGAGGCCCGUACUGGGCCCACAGUGAAAACAGUGGCAGUGACCAAUUCAAUAUUUGCCUAGUUUGAUGACUACGCCUUAAGAAUAUAUAUAUCUAUAUAUAUAUUUUUUUUCGGUCUCGAGUAUUUUUGUGUGUAUACGAUGUAAAUUAUUCAGAAUUUUUCUUAACGUCGUUUGUUUGUUUUAUUUA